CACAUCCGGGUCCCCGGACAAGGAUGAACGGCGACUUCCAAGAUGGCGGCGGAGGGAGGAGGGAAGGAGACCAACGACAUUAAAACUCAGUUCACCACACGGGAAGGCGUCUACAAACUCCUCACGCACUCCGAGUACAGCCGCCCCAACCGGGUGCCUUUCAACUCGCAGGGCUCCAACCCCGUCAAGGUCUCCUUCGUCAACGUGAACGACCAGUCAGGCAACGGCGACAGGAUUUGCUUCAAUGUGGGCCGGGAGCUCUACUUUUAUAUCUACAAAGGUGUGAGAAAGGCUGCCGACCUCAGCAAGCCCAUAGACAAGAGGAUAUACAAAGGAACGCAGCCCACCUGUCAUGACUUCAACGCCCUCACCGCCACCGCCGAGAGCGUCUCCCUGCUGGUGGGCUUCUCGGCGGGCCAGGUGCAGCUCAUAGACCCCAUAAAGAAGGAGACCAGCAAGCUCUUUAACGAGGAGAGACUCAUCGACAAGUCACGGGUGACGUGCGUACGAUGGGUUCCUGGCUCGGAGAGCCUCUUCUUGGUGGCUCACUCGAGUGGGGCCAUGUACUUGUACAACGUGGAGAACGCGUGUGGCACCGCCGCGCCGCACUACCAGCUCCUCAAGCAGGGGGAAAACUACGCCGUGCACACCUGCAAGAGCAAAUCGGGACGCAACCCCUUACUGCGCUGGACGGUGGGGGACGGGGCGCUCAACGAGUUUGCUUUCUCCCCGGACGGCAAGUUCCUAGCAUGCGCCAGCCAAGACGGCUACUUGCGGGUGUUCGGCUUCGACGCCGCCGAGCUCCACGGCACCAUGAAGAGCUACUUUGGAGGCUUGCUGUGCGUGUGCUGGAGCCCCGACGGACGUUACAUCGUCGCGGGCGGGGAGGACGACCUGGUGUCCGUCUGGUCCUUCUCAGACUGCAGGGUGAUCGCCCGGGGACACGGCCACAAGUCGUGGGUGAGCGUGGUGGCCUUCGACCACUGCACCACCAGUGUGGAGGACGGCGACCCUCCCGCCGAGUUCAGCGGCAGCGAUGAGGACUUUUACGAGCAGAUUCACUUUAGCGCAGGGCGGGACAGGGCCAACAGCGCCCAUUCCAGGCUUUCCAACAGGAACUCUACAGACAGUCGGCCUGUUAGCAUGACCUACAGAUUUGGGUCAGUGGGCCAGGACACACAGCUGUGUCUGUGGGACCUGACCGAGGACAUCCUCUUCCCUCACCUCCCGUUGUCUCGCACUAGGACUCACACUAAUGUCAUGAGUGCCACUAGCCCUCCAGCCACUGGACAAAACGCAACAAACACUAUAUCCACUUCCACCACUAAUCCCAGUGGCACUAAUGGCAAAGACGCUGUUAGCAAUAGCAGCACGGGCGGCAACACGCCAAACUCCCUGCCGGGCACGCUGCCUCGCUCCAACAGCCUUCCGCAAUCCCCCAACCCCGCGGGCGGCGGCAGCACGCCCAACAGUCACACCGGCAGCAGCAACAGCAGCUGCAGCAGCAGCAACAACAACACAGCCAAGGGCAGCAGCAUCAUCGACAGCGCCCUGAUCGCCGCCGGCGUCGGCAAGUUCGCCACGCUGUCGUUGUACGAGUCGCGCAAGGAGCGCCCGGAGAAGGACCACAAGCGCGUGCACAGCGUGGGUGGCGUCGGCAGCAAGAGCACCGACAAGCUCACCCAGCUGAGCGCCUCGCGGGCGCCCAAGGGUGACACGGCCAAGACGCUGGGCACGGUGCUGUGCCCGCGCAUGGAGGAGGUGCCGCUGCUGGAGCCGCUGGUGUGCAAGAAGAUCGCCCAUGAGAGACUCACUGUGUUAAUCUUCCUGGAGGACUGUCUGGUCACGGCCUGUCAGGAGGGCUUCGUUUGCACGUGGGCGAGGCCUGGGAAAGUGGGAUUGCUAUCAUCUCAGAACAACCCCACCAACUCCCCCAGUGGAACGGUCGUAUAGCCCCGCCCCCUCCCAGGAAAGAGGCCGCGUCCGGCAGGGUGUCGCUGCUACGGCGGUCGCCGCUUCAUAGAAACUUGACGCCUUUUGUCUGCAGUGAAAUGGGUGCUAUUUUCCGAGAGGUGGGAGGUGGCGGGGGUGGGGGUAAGCAAGCUUUAAAAUGGUCAGACUGGGUGAUGUAGGGGUGCCGUGGUGGUUCUGCCUAGAGUUUUGUGAGCCUCUAUGCGGCCCACAUGAUGUGAUGUUCUUCUUUACGGGCCCCUGAAAGGAACAAAGAUGAUUUGAAUUGGAAACUCCAGGGAGUUCUUCUUAAAAUCACACCAAGUGUAUUUGCACAAAUUUAGCUUUUUUUGUUUUUUUAAAACUCCCAUCUAAGGAAGACAAGUAGGUUAGGAAGCCCCGCCCCCACGCUGGAUGCUGCAAUCAUCUUUUUUUUUUCUUCUUUUAUGAUUUAGAAAAAUAACAUUUGCACUUAAAAGUUUGUUCGAGGACAAGAGAUGUACUUGUUUUGGGAGUGUUGAAAAAUAUGUAAAAAUAGGAUAAUUAAAAACCUUUCUACCGUUUAUUUUAAUAUUGUUUUCAGACAGCACAGGCUCUGUAUUAUAUGUAAAUAUUGUAUUUCAAUGAUUUAUGGAGAUGAUUAAUAGUUUAAAAAGAGCCUCUUUUGAGAGAAUAGAGUUAUUUCUAACACAGAAUCUAUAAUAUUAAAACAUUUUGAAUAUGCAGAUUUUUUUUUCUCCAACUUGUGUUGUACAUAAAGAGAAUUCAGGUGUAUUUUUAUUAACGCAACGUUUGCUAUAUAGGAGAUCCUUUUAUCUAACUGGUAGGGCUGAAUACUAGCCUGUCUGGAAGGACGGCAGGACACGUUCAGCCAUCACUUGAGCUCAGGUAAAACGCAGGAACGCACGCCGGCCUAGUGUGAAUUGACUCGACGCGUUAAUAUGAAUUUUUAUUUGAUUUUAUUUUUUAAACAAUGUCGAUACAAUUCAUGCUAUCUCAGGUUGUUGCUUGGGAGGUGUGAGGGUGUUUCCCUGCCGCCCACUUUGGGGGAAAACUGAGGAUUUGAACGGUGGCAGCCUUUUCCUCCAUGUGACGCCUAUUAAAAAAACCUGUUUGCCAGA